UACAAUAUAUUAAACGAAAGCAGCCAAGGUAGUUAUUUAAUUCAGGUUGGAUUAAAUAUAUUGAGUAUUAGCACAGCAGCGGUUCAAACCGUGGUAAAGUUGAACAAACCAGAAGAAGCAAUACGAAGUGCUGUAUUUUGUGGCGCUUGUCAAUUUCAUUUGUUUCUACUUAGCUUACCUGGUCAAGUACUUCUGGAUCAUUGUUCUAGUUUAGCAGAUAAUAUUUACUGCUCCAAAUGGUACAAAGCACCCGUGCAGAUUCAAAAAGUACUAUACGUGAUGCAAAUAAGAUGCAGAAGGUUUUGUUCAUUGACGGCAGGUGGAUUGUAUGAAAUGAAUAUAGAAAACUUCGGAAUAACCUUCAAAACAUGCAUAUCCUAUAUUACAAUGUUGAUGUCCAUGAAUGGUUGAAUAUGCAUUACCUGUCGAAUGUAAUCUCAUCUACUGUAUGUUAUAC